AGCAGGAUUAUGUGCACGUGUAGUGUAUAGUGUUGCGGCUCCUCUGUACGUGGCAACGCCAGCAGUGAGUGACUAAAAUCUGCACAACAUCUGAGAGCUAACGGAGAAAAUCCUCUUGAACAAGCACACAUAACAACUUUCUGAGGAAUAAAGAGAGGUCUUGUUCAAGUAUGGCGACAUAUCUGACGAUAACACUGCUGGCGCUGUUGUGCCUCUCUUCUCCCACGCAAGCAGAAAUCUUCACAUCAAUCGGUCAAAUGACCGAUCUGAUAUUCACAGAGAGAGAGCUCGUCCAGUCGCUGAAGGAAUACAUCCAAGCAGAAGAAUUGAAACUGGAAGCUGUAAAAAGCUGGGCUAAUAAACUGGACACGUUGACACGUGCAUCCACAUCAGAUCCAGAAGGCUUCCUGGCUCACCCGGUGAACGCAUACAAGUUGAUGAAGAGACUCAACACGGAGUGGUCGGAGCUUGAGAGCCUGGUGCUCCAGGACCCAUCUGAUGGUUUCAUUUCGAACAUAUCGAUCCAUCGACAGUAUUUCCCUGAUGAGGAGGACGAGAAAGGUGCAGCCAAAGCCCUGAUGCGUUUGCAGGACACAUAUAAACUGGACUCGGAGAGCUUUUCUAAAGGCAAACUGCCAGGGGUGCGCUACAGUGCUCUGCUGACAGCGGAUGACUGCUUUGACAUGGGAAAGUUGGCCUACAAUGAGAACGACUAUUAUCAUUCAGUGCUGUGGAUGCAGCAGGCUCUCAAACAGAUGGACGCUGGAGAAGAUGCCAAGACGCUCAAGGCUGACGUCUUAGAUUAUCUAAGCUAUUCUGUCUAUCAGAUGAACGACCUGCCACGAGCCAUCGAGCUCACACGACGUCUGGUGGCCAUCGAUCCCAGCCACCAGAGGGCAGGAAGUAACCUGCGAUACUUUGAGCGUCUUCUCACGAAAGAGCUGAAGGACGCGGAUGAGAGUCAACAGGAGCCUGCGGACGAGAGGCCCAUUCAGUUGGAUACGUAUAAGCGACCCAAAGACUAUUUGCCUGAGAGAGAGAUCUAUGAGGCCCUCUGCAGGGGAGAGGGGGUUCAAAUGACUCCGAAGAGACGCAGUAGACUGUUCUGCCGCUAUCAUGAUGGUAACAGGAAUCCCCGUCUGUUACUGAAGCCCAUGAAACAAGAGGACGAGUGGGACAGUCCUCGUAUCGUUCGCUAUCUGGAGGCUCUUUCUGAUGAAGAGAUCGAGAAGAUCAAGGAGUUGGCCAAACCCAAGCUUGCAAGGGCCACAGUGAGAGAUCCAAAAACAGGGGUUCUGACAGUCGCCCAUUAUAGAGUUUCUAAAAGCGCGUGGUUAGAUGAGGAAGAUGAUCUGGUGAUUUCCAGGGUCAAUCGAAGGAUUCAGGAUAUCACUGGAUUAUCUGUGGACACUGCAGAGCUUCUUCAGGUGGCCAACUAUGGUGUUGGAGGUCAAUAUGAACCACACUAUGAUUUCUCAAGGCGUCCUUUUGACAGUAACCUGAAGGUUGAUGGAAAUAGACUUGCCACCUAUCUGAACUACAAAGAUGAACCUGAUGCUUUCAAAUCAUUAGGCACUGGAAAUCGUGUGGCUACUUAUUUAAAUUAUAUGAGUGAUGUAGAGGCUGGGGGAGCAACCGUAUUCCCUGAUUUUGGUGCCGCUAUCUGGCCUAGAAAGGGAACAGCAGUCUUCUGGUAUAAUCUCUUUAAGAGCGGUGAAGGAGAUUAUAGGACGAGACACGCCGCCUGUCCUGUUCUCGUCGGGAGUAAAUGGGUUUCAAACAAAUGGUUUCAUGAGAGAGGCCAGGAGUUCAGGAGACCAUGCGGCCUGACUGAAGUGGACUGAUCUGAUGCAGUGAUGAUCUGAACACACACUAACACACACACAUGCUGGCAUAUGUGGUUUAUGGGGACAAUCUCAUAGACGCAAUGCAUUUUAUACUGUACAAACUGUAUAUUUUAUUCCUCUAACCUAUGGUCACAAAAACCUGUUGGCAGUCUUUAAUCUGUGAAAAACUACCAUUUAGUAUUUGAAGACCUUCAGUUUACACUUCCUGUGUCCCGUAAACCAUGCUUAUAGCAUCAUAAACAUGUCAAUAUACACUAUUCAUGUAACACUAUUCCCCUAAACCACAUAUACCAACACACAUGCGUGCACACAGACUGAAACUGAGAGAUUUUAUUUUGUAUUAUUACUUUCUGGCCCUGUUUAACCUCACAUUUGUGCAAGGUGCUGAUGUACUGGAAUAUCACUUCAGACCAGACCUUUUAAUACAUUUGUCAUGGAUAAAUUAUUGCCCUAGUGUUCUUUUGAUGUUUGUUUUAUGUUGCUGUAAAAUUUGCAAUAAAAUG